GACGUUUUUAAAGGAGAUUACUCUCUUUUAAAAAAGAAGAAUACUUCCGGCCAAUGCUGCUCUGUUUACCGAUUUGUAAAAACGUUUUCAUUUGUGGCUAAAUGUGGACAAAUUACAGUUUUCUAUCAGUAACAGGAUAAAAUCAAGAAUUCCAUUCACAUUGUGUAAAAAAUAAAUUUAUACAAACACCAAUAAUGGUAAGAUGACUUAAUAAAGUGUUAUGAAGCCUAAACUGUAGUAUAUUAUUCCAACUUAAAAAGUACAAACUUAUACUAUUAAUACUUAUUUCAAGUCUGGAGUGAUCCAUCAUUCCUGAUCUUUACAUUUAAGAUUUAAUUGCUAACUACCUUAUUGCUAAUUAGUGCUCGUCAGCAACUAAAUUGAAAACUAGUACUAGGACUUCUAAGUAUAUUGGAGAGUACUCUUCAUGGACGGUUUAAGUUUGGGGGGGGGGGGGGAGGAGGCAACUUUUUUGCAUCCCUCUGCCUCUAGACAUGCGACUAGAAGUGUCAACAACCUACAGUUGCCCCGUACCUUUCGUUAUUUCAGUCAACAAAUUAAUUUCGUGACGAAAGUAGCAACUUUAUUGUAUCACUCUAAUUAUAUAGUAGGCAAUGAGUGUCAACAACCUUUAGCCUUUGGUAGCCCACUUUCCUGGCCUGAUUCCGUAACUAAGUACAUUAAUUUUUUGGCCAACAUAGCAGCGUCGAACAUAGCAGCUUCACUGUAUCCGUCUAGAUAUGCGGCAAGAAAAGUCAACAACCUGUGAUUAGUGUGAUUGGCUUCCUUCUUGGUUGCAGUGACAAGAUGGCUGCAGUGGUUUAAUAAGGGGAAAUGUCAAGCGUACAAUUACCAAUGCUGUUUAUUCCAUGUUUGGAGCUCCAACUUAAAUAUUACUGCCAGGUCAUUUAAAGGACAAUCACCCAAUGCAUCAAAAUUGAUAAUGUAGAUGAUCUUUGGUGUGCAUUUGGAGCAUACGUGAUCAAGUGCACUAUAGGGGAAGCAGAAAAUGAGAGUGCAGCAUAGUGCGCAAUGAGAGCAGGGUAGAUAAGAAAGAUCCACUCAGGAAUUAUUAUUUGAGUUAAUAUUUUAUGGCUGCUACAUUAAAAAUGACACUGGUGUUGGUUAGGGCGAUUGGCACCCUAAGCAUAAUAAAUGAUAAAUAAAUUUAUUGUGGGCCCUUAAUAUAAAGAAAAAGAAGAAGCUCAAUGUUUCUUCCUCACACUCAUAUACGGGGAUGGGCUAGAACUUGUUGAGCAUAAUUUGGGAUGAUCGUAGCAACUUUAUUUUUCCCUCAGAUAAUAUGCCCCCUUCCCGGGCAUAGAUACUUUAGAUUAAGUUGUAAACUGCCGACAAUGGUGUGUUGCCUGUGAGUGUGACAUUAAAGGGCAGAAAUAGGAAGUGUAACAUUUAUUUUGUGCAUGCCCAUAACAAAUUAUGCCCCGUGAAACCCAAUUACAAACAGAGGUCAACUCACCCUACCCAGUCCAGUCACUUUGUACAAAUUAUUUUCGGGUAAGGCUAGGCCAAGUGUCUAGUCUAAGCCUACAAUUAGUAUUUGGCUGUAUGGUGUAGUGUCAGCCGAUGUGCUCCUGUUCAUGAAACCUAUUGCUAUGGCUAUAUAUACCACAAAGUUAAAUCGGCCUAGGCCUAAAUAAUAGUAAUUCGAAAUUUAAGAAUUUAUAGGCUUUUGGGCUUAAGUAUUAGGAUCAUAGGCUAAUCCAAAGGUUCCCAAACUUUUUUGAUUCUCUGCAUUCUUGCUGAAGAAAGUGAAUCCAGAUUUUUUAGGAAAACUUAUCCAUUUUUGAAAAAUAAAUGCUAGAAGAAUUAAAUAAUUUCAUAUGUCUUAGCCUUCACUUAGGAGUCGUUCAUAAAUUAUGUCACGCUAAAAAUGACCUUUAAAGACACUCCCUCCUCCCCGUCAUGAAGUGUCGCAAACUCUUACACAUACACCCCCUCCCCCCUCAUGUCACGUCACACCUAAAAAAAAUUCAAGAUAGACAAAAUUUUCAUAACUAAAUUAAGGUUUUAUUUUAUUCUUUAAAUUUUCCCAUACAUUAAAAUGUAGUAUUAUUAGAAAACUGAGUUUCAUAGUCCCUAUAAUACCUGAGGCGAAUUCGACCUCAUAUUAAUGUCUUUAAAUUAAUUAAAUAACAAUUUUUUCAAAAUUAGAAAAUGUUAGAUUUUUUUUAAAAAAAUGUGACGUCACAAAUUUUUUAACCCCCCCCCCCCUCCCUGUCACAAAGUAUCACAAAUUCUCGAAAGUCCCAAAAAUCCUCUAGGCCCCCCCCCCCCCCCCCCCAGCAAUGUCGUAAUUCGCGAACGACCCCUUAAUCACAACAAUGUUUAAAUGACACAAUCUCUGAAAACCUAUUCAACACUUAGCCAGUGACACUGACAGUUAUUUAUUUUAAAAAAGAAAUUACUAAGAAAUUUGGAGAAAUUACAAAUAUUGGAUAAACUUAAUUGUUGUUAAGUUUCAUCUUAAUCUAGUUACUGUUAAAAGAAACUUCUGCAAACAGUUAUUAAUGGGUUAGUUAUUGGUUUGAAACAGCUCUUCUUGAUGCUGCAUACUAUCACCUCAAAUGGAAAUGGAAAUAAAAGGAUUUUUGUUUUUUUUGCGCCAUUAGGCUGAUCUAAUCUGUAUUAUUAAUUAAAACAAUAUUAGGCCUACCCUAUGUGUAGUAUGCCAUUACUUAUUUUCUUGUCUCAAUUCAGUAAGGAAGCAUUCAUUAAUUUGUAAAUAAAUUACAGCAUAAUCAUUAUUUAUGAUCUUUAUUCCCUUAUCUCGUUUGAAGCCUAAACCGGUCAAAAAGAAGAAGAAAUUUAUUCGAAAGAAAGAAUCUACAACUUACCGUCUUAUCCCUGGAUAUGUUAAAGAUGAUGAUGAUGAUGAAACCUCCGCAGCUGUCGCCAAAGAAGAGGUAUUCUUAAAAUUGUGUAUUUUUAAAAAAAUGCAUUCUUAGAUAAAAUGUUUUAAGCAUUUUUAAUUUAAAAAUUCUAGUGCAUUUUUUCUGUUUGUAUUUUUUUUUAUUGACUUGUAUAUUUGACCUAAUUCUAAUUGUUAAUUGAAACAAAAAUUGUUUUUGGGAUGUGUGGUUUAAAACUUGAUACAAUUUAAUUUAACAAGCACUUGCACUGUGUAAAUAUGUUUUGUUUAAAAAUAACAUGUAUCAUGCAAACAUUGUUGGCUGAAAACAAACAUUGUUGACCUUUAUUGGCAUAUUCUGAAACUUAUUAUUUAAUGCUGGACAUUUUUUUUAUGGUCAUCGCUUAAAAAUGAAAAGGAUUUUUUUUAAAAUACCAAGCAUCAUGUCAUUCUUAAAAAGAAAUGUGUGAGUGAGAUUUCUUUAAACUCAUAAACCAUAGGUUAGAAUUGAGUUUAAUGAAACAUAAAAUUCUUCCAAACGAAGUGCAAUUUUUUAAUGCUGAUCUGUUUAAAUUGUAUUGAACUUAAAACAGUUGUUAAAAUAAAUCAAUAUUGAGUUACGUUUUUUGGCUUUAUCAUGCUACUAAUAAUAAGUAUUUAUUUUUGUAAGAUUGAGGCUAGAAAGGAGGAGCAGAGAAAAUAUGGCAUUUUUUAUGAUGAUACAUACAACUAUCUGAAACAUCUACGGUCAAUGAAUGAACAAGCAACCCUUGUGAACACAGAAAGCUAUCAAAUGCGAACAGAAGAUGAGGUGAAUGGCAUUACCUUUGUACUUGAAGUAUUUAAUUUGAUGUUUAAAUUUUAAAAAAUUCAGUCUAUCAUACUAAAGCUUAAUUUGUGUCAACAACUUGAUAAUUUGAUUGAUUUACCUCAGGGCAUUCAUCUACUGAAACUAAUUUUGACUUAACAUUUUCUUAAAAUCGAUGUUGCAUUGGCUUUUUGUUUACCCAUUUAUUUAUUUCUCAAGGUACGGUCAACUUUUAGUGGACCAUCACUGUUUAAGGAAUUUUAUUCCACUGAUGCAACAGAAGGUAAGUAAGGGAUUUAACUAUUUUGUACAUACACAACUGUGUGUUUGCAGCUUGUUACACUUUGUCUAGAAUGUGGGCAUCGCUUAACCUCUUUAUCAAGAGCCAUUUAAUUAUUAAAUCAUACUUGUCAUUUUAAAUUCUGUUGUUAUUUCUAUAUUUGAAACAAUCUCCAUGUCUUAAAGAUGAAGAAUCUACACAUCAUUAAAACAUUGUCAUAUAUAUAAAAAUAUUGCCUUAAGUACAAUUUUUAUUUUCAUUGUCUCCUUUUUCCGAUACAUUUUUAAAGAUUUACUGUUCUCUUAGUUUUAAAUUUAAUUUUGAAAAAAAAAAAAUUAUCUUUUAAAUCGAUAGUGUUUAAUUGAAAUUAGCAUAUACAAUGAGAUAUAAGAUAAGUUCAAAAUCUGAAUAUCCACAUUCCAAGAGUUACAUGUUUCUUGAAUACAGCUAGGUUCAAAGUUAAAUGAUUGUUGAAUAGUUGAUAAGUCUGCUGAACAUAUUUAAGUAUAGCCAGCUUCAAUAUUACAUGAAUCUCUUAAAUUGGGCAUGGUGAAUGAACCAAGGUGUCAUACCAAUAACGGAUCCCUAAAAAAUGUGCAUGCGUCUGUUUGUCUGGAGGAUAAAUACCACAACUCCCUCCCUCCAAAUUCACACCUAUAUAUGAAAGACAUUGCCAACAUUGCUUAAACGUUUAAGGCUGCUCUUGAAAUAGUUUUUCUUAAAAUCCAAUUAAGUCAAGCUUCCUUUGCAAGGAAUUUAAGAUCUGGUUUAGUGUAAUUUUAAAAUGAGUUUAUAACAUUUCGUUUUCACAGUGAUCGAAUACAUGAGAGGCAUAGUUAAGAAGACAAUUGUGGUAUGAUAGGGUUUCUCUAAACUCAUUUAAGUUUUUUUUUUUUUUUUUUUUUGCUUUCCAGAAGAGGAAAUAGACCCUGAGAUUCUAGAAGCCUUAGAGAAUGCCCCUGUUGUUAAAGUGGAAAAUGAAGAUGAGCUGGAUGAAAUUGAAGACUUAUUAGAUGAUGAUUUUUUAGCAAAAGCUGGUGGUGUAAUUCCUGAACAAUUAAAAGAACUGGAAGAAUCAGACAGGUAUUAAUUAAUAUUCCCUUUAAAAAUUUUUUAUAUAACUCAAACUAAUGAGUAAAGAUUUCUGUCAACUGAAGCAAUUACAAAUCUAGAAUUUCUAUCGGAAUUAUCUUUCAAUGGCUGAUUUAACCAUUUUUAAAACAAAGCAGUAAUAUGAAACCCUACUUUGACCAUUUAAAACAAAAAAAAAAUUAAAUGAAUUUUAGGGAAAACGACUUCGUCUCAGAUGAUGAUGGCGAUGAAAGUGAUAAUGAUUCAGAAGAAGAAGUUGAUGAAAGCAGCGAUUUUGAUGUCAGUGAAGAGGAGGAGGGUGAUGCCCAGCUGGCAUAUCGCAACAGAGGAAAUGUGCAGGAUGAUAUUAUUGCAGCCCAGACAGAUUUGGUAAUUGUGAACCCCCUUUACCCUUAUCAAUGACUAGAAGACUACGAAGCCCAUGUGUGUUAAUCUGAUUAAAAAGAGAACUUCUUCACGUUUAAUCAUUUUUUUUUAAAAACUUCUCUUUAUGCAUUAAAAUAGUUUUUGUGGUGUUAAAGAAAAUGGUGAAAUUUUUAGAAUAUUUGGGCACAAUUUUUAUACUAAAUCCAUGUUCUUUUAUUUACAGAUCCUCAAAAACUUUUCAGAAGGUUUUGGAUUCCGAUGCUCCAAUCAAAUUUCUGAUGAUGAACCUGACCAUGCAACAGCUGAGGAUUAUGAAAACUUAAAGGAGAUUCUAAAGCAUGACAAGUUAACACCGGAGAUAGUGUAAGCCACAUCACACUGUAGCAGUGCUAUUAUAUAUUUUAUUAUCUGAAAUUCCCAAAGAGUUUUGUCUUGAUUGCAAGCCUACUACAUCAGUAUUUUUUUUUUUAAUUGUUUUUUUAUAAUUUAUAUUGUAUUAUAGAUUUUUUUAAAUAUCAUAAUCACGGUUUCCUAUUGUUGAACUAAAAUUUUUAAAAAACAUAUAACUCUGUAUCUUUACAUAAAGCAUCAGCUUCAUUUUUUGGGUAAGGUUUGUUAAUUGUUAAGUCAGCUUCAGUAGGGUCAACAAGUCAGUCUCAUCGGGUCACCAAAGUCAGUUUCAGUGGGGUCACCAGAGGCAUUUUCAUUGGUUCAUCAAAGUCAGUUUUACCUGGUCACCAAAGUCAGUUUCAGUGGAUCACCACCAAUACUGUGGAAAAUUUUUUUUUUUUUCUGAGUUGCCUUUAUUGUGCAACAGAAAUGUAGAUGAUUUUGGGUAUGUCAAUCUCAAGGUUACUUCACUCUUUAAGGUCAUGGUCAGAGGUGCUGGAUGACAAGGCAGACAGGCCCAAGAUUGACACAUCAAAGUAUUUGUACGAUGACGUUGAUGAGUAUGAAUGGAAGGAAGUGAAACCCGCCAAACCCAAGUUUGAUUGUGUCAGCAUUCUCAGUGAGUUCCAUUCUGUUUAUACAUGUACUUACUCAGAAAUGACAACACAAAUGGUUAGAUUUUUGUCUCAGUGCCAAGAGACUAGUAGUUCAUUUUUUGGUUUAUAAAAGGUUUCUUACAUUGUUCUAUAAUUAAUUUUUAAAAAUUGAAAUAUUAAUUUCUAACAUAUUUUAUGUGUGCUAAAUUUCAGAUAUUAAUUUUUCUUCUUGGUUAGUUCAAAUUCAUGGAUAUAUAUGAGACAUCAAAGUGAUUGCAUUCUAAGAAAUUCCCAAAACGUUGAAAUUUAACAUCAAAGAAAUUACUCGCCAAUAUUUUGAAAGACUAUAAUGCUAAAUUCGCCUAUAAGUUAUAUAAAGUAUGUUUUUUUUUUGGCCAUAUUAAAUGAAUUAAUAUCGAUUCUUCCAUUCAGGUCUGAAUUCUAAUACAAGAAAUUUACCAACAGAUUUGAUUCCACCCAAAGUAGAGGUUGGACUUUAUUUGUGUCCCUUUCUUGUAUUUUUAAUCUAUUGAGCUCUUGGUUACUUGGAGUCCCAGGAGCUUUUUUAAACUUUGUUGUUUUUUUUUAAAUAGCCUUAAAACAGAUAAUUAUUUUAAAUGAUAAUAGCAUAUCAAAGAUUAAUUAUUUUACCGGUCGUUAUUAUUUGUUGUAAGUUUGUAAGUAUCUUUUUUAUUUUAAUACAGAUAAACAUUUUCAAACAAAAUAUCAUCCGCUUGUUUCCUUGCUUCUACAUGAAUUGAUUUCCAUAGAUAGUUUAUGUGAACAUAACAUUCUUAUCAAAGAAUAUAAUUGUACCCUUUUUCUGCCUCUGAACACUUAAAAAGUUUGGAAUUUCACAGUAUUGUAUUGUGGUUUGUUAACAUUUAAAAAAAAUGAAGUGCUUGAACUCGCAAAGAUUUAUAUUUUCCUUCUUUUCUAAUCAAAUGGAUGCAUUUAGUAUAAUUUAGCAACGCUUUGAUUUAAUCUUUGAAAUGAUUAUUUACAGGGCAGGAAUAAGCAUCCCAAAUCUGUUAGUGACUCAACAGAGUCAUCAAAUAUACCUGGUCUGUCCCUAAAACAAUUGGAAGCAGAAAUACGGGAGAGUAAAAAUGCUGAUAAGGCAAGCACCUUCCGGGCAAGGGAUGAAACUGUAGAAGAGAAAAAAGCCAGGAAGAAAGCAAUCAAGGAAGAGAGAAAGGUAAAGUGGCUGGAGAGACAUUCUUUUUCAUUGUCUGUGCUGGGGUCUGUGUUGACUUCUUGACAUUCAAUAGUUGAGGGAGCAGAGUUUUUGCAAGCAACAAAGACCUUAACUCAUUCCCUCAGGCAGUGCUACUUCCGUACUUAAUUUAUUUUCAUGAGAAAAGGGAAGCAACCCAGUUUUGAAAUUGAUUUACAUUUUUUAAAUAUUGUUUUAAGCUGCUAAAUAAUAAUAAAUGUUUAUGAAUUAAGGACGAAUGCAUCAAAAAAUAAAUGAGGUUUAAUAAAAAAAAUAAUAAUAACAUUAGCGGCGAAAAAAUAAUGAAAAAUGGCCAAAAAAUCGAUUUUUGUCACCUCGAACGAACACAUGUUGGAUAUAGACGAGCCGAACUAAAGCACACAUAGUUUUAAAGUGAAACAAGAUAAAAACUUCCGGUUUUUAAAUUAAAAUCACGACAUAGCUGGAAGUCUCGAGGGACACGAGAUUUCAUUGCUAUUUUUAACUAAAAAUAAGAGAGUGUCGCUAAAAAAAAUAAUAACAUUAGCGGCGAAAAAAUAAUGAAAAAUGGCCAAAAAAUCGAUUUUUGUCACCUCGAACGAACACAUGCUGGAUAUAGACGAGCCGAACUAAAGCACACAUAGUUUUAAAGUGAAACAAGAUAAAAACGUCCGGUUUUUAAAUUAAAAUCGCGACAUAGCCGGAAGUCUCGAGGGACACGAGAUUUCAUUGCUAUUUUUAACUAAAAAUAAGAGAGUGUCGCUAGGCACCGGGACCCAUUUUGACACAUCAGGAGAAACCCCCCCAAAGGACGCAUUUAGUCGCAACCGUCGGGAAUGAGUUAAGGAUGAUGCCUUUUCCAUUAUUUUGUUCAUUCUUAACAUCUCUGCCUUUUCCUUGAAUGACCAGCUAAGGAUAAUACACUUCCCUAUACCAAACUGUGAUCUCUCUAUUGGCAUUCUCCCCCUAAAGUAUUCCCUUACCAUGAGUAAGAGUAAAAGAAUAUUCAAAGUAGCAGAAAUUCUUAUAAAAAAAAUAAUUUCAAACAAAAAUGUCAUUUCAACUGUCACUAUUUGUAAUUUUACUUUUAGUGUUACUGAGUUUAAUAGCAGUAAAAAUUUGUUGUUUUCUAAAGGUGAUUGACCCACUUUUUUUUACUGUUAAAAUCAAAUUAUGCCUUCUCUGAUAUGAUUUUGGACAAAACUAUAUUGUUUAAAUAACAUGUUAUAAAAUUUACAACUAAUUGAAAUGGGAGUAAGAAAUGAGUAAAUUGCUUCACUGCUGUAACACUGAGCUUAAGACAGAACAUUAUAAGUUGCAUGUCCAAGGAGUGCUGAAGGGGUUGAUUCUAGCCAUAGGUAAAAUUCAGGGGAGGCAGACAAAGUGGUAGUCCAUCACGUUAAAUAUAUCUGUCCCCUUUUGAAUUAGACUUCUUUUAUUAAACAGUUUAAAAUUAAGGAUUUAUUGUUUCAUCUCAAUGAAAUCAAGCCAAUUGAUAUGUACAUCACAUGUAGAUGUGUAAUCAUCAGAUAAUUUAUUUUUGGGGAUAUUUUGGGGAAAUAUAUAAAGAAAGGCUUUUUGAAAAGAAUAAACAAUGAUAUAUUAUACAUUUUUAUAUCACCUGCUUACAUCUGCAAAAUAUCCUAAUUCAAGUAAUUUAGCUCAAAGCAUUAUAAGUGCCUUUGGUUCCAUUUAUAUUUGUAAAACAAUUUAAAAAAAAAAACGAAAUUCUCAAAAAGCUAAUCACUUUCAUUAUUUUCUGAUGAAUACUCACAAAAGUCAGUUAAGAUGCCAAACAAAAACACAGAGAAGAUUUUAGAAGGAUAGCCCACCAAAAAAAUAGAGAUAGAUUUUAAAGUUAAGCAAGAAAAUAAUGUAAAAUAUCCUUAUAUAUUAACUUACUUUUAAAUUUUAUUUUUUGCAUUUCAUUUUGUGCAUUUAGAAUUAAUAAAUAACUCUGUGUAGCCUGUAUUAGACGUUUGUUCUAUUUACCAACUAUGGUAACACAGCCACGUUUGGCGUUGAAAAUAUAAGAAUGGGUUCAUAAUCUAUAACAAUAAAUCCAGAUGGCGUUCCUUGUAUCCACAGACUGUAUCUUGUAUUAAUGGAUAAGCGUUAUUCACUUUUCAUUCUCUUUUCCCUCUUCUGUCUGCUUUUACUGGGGAGGUAUAGUUGACAGAUUGCUGCAAAGUGUGAGACCUGCAUAAGGUUCAUGUGGAUUUUUAGGGUAUCCUUAACAGUUGAUCACCCAUGAAGUGGUCUUUCCCUGCUUUUGAACGCUUGCAGUGAAAUUUGGUUCUGAUCAGGUUGCAGUACCCAUUAAUUUGUUGCUGGGUGAUUUGGAUGGCAUCAAACAUUUUUCUUAUUUCAUGGUUCCAAAUUUUGUCUAUUCUUGUUUUUAUUUUUCUCUCAAAAAACUUAUUCAUAGUCCAGGUUUGACAUUGGUAAAUAAAGUUUGGAAGAAAGACAGCAUUAAUUAACCUGGCUUUGGUCCCCAUCUUAGUAGCAGGGCGAUUUGAUAGCUGACCGCAUUUGACCGCUGCACUCUUGUCUCUAUCUUAUCCAUUUUCCUGCCCUCUGUGAAAAUUCUUCCCAGAUAUAUAAGCUCCUGGCAGCUGACAACUUUUUUAUGGUGUGCUGUGAACUGACAUGACCUUGGUAUUAACUUUGCUUAUUUUUCAUUCCAAAAAUAUCGCAGUUACUGUUCACAAUGUCAACACGGCUCUGCAACUGUUCUUUUUUACCUUUCAGGAUGCAUUGAUCAUCUCCAAAUAGCAAUCCAUUUUUGUCCACGUAUUUAAUGAACAGCAACGAUGAUAGAACUCAGCCCUUCAAACCACUCCAUAUGGGCGUGCACAGCACUGAGACUUCCUAUAUCAUUUCAGUCUCUUUCUACAGAAAACUUACAAAUCUUACAUUGAUUUGGAAAAUUAAAAUUACAAAUAUUUUAAUUUUUAAAAGUACCGGUACCCUUAACUUUCAGUAAUUUCUGCUAAAAGCUCAAGAAAAUGUUUUUGUUUCAUUUCAGGAGCGAAGACAGGAGAAGAAAGCCAACAGGAUUGUGUUCUCCAUGGAGAAUGAGAAAAUGAAACGUGAUACAGCAACUGUGGCAAAGGCAGUUAAGAGUGUCAAGAUUUGUUAGAGUUAUGGGGAUUGGGAAUAGAGUUAUGGGGAUUGGGAAUUCUUCUUUCAUUUUCAAGUAUACAACCACACACUUUUUUGGAUAUUUUAAAAGCAUUUCAAAAUACAAUUACCUAAGAUGCGAUAGUCAGGUUAAUGAGGAAAUAACCCCAAGUGCUAUCACAGCUGACAUGUAAUGGAAGUGCCAGGAAGCAAGGAAGUUAGCCUUACAUCUGCAAUGUCUAUUUUUAGCCUUACAUCUGCAAUGUCUACAGAUCCUGACAAACUAUUGUUAAGUAUGACUGAGAAAAUUUGCUAGCUGAAAGUGAAAGUAGAGAAUGAUUUAAAUUGUUUAUAAAUGCAUGUGUGUUUGGUUUUUCAACUGUUGAUAAAUGCAUGUGUGUUUGGUUUUAAGUGUUGAUGUCAAUUUUGUUUUAUGCUGAUUUAAAAAAAAUGUCAAUUAUAAGACAUUAUAAGGGUUCAUAAUAUUUGUGUGUGUGUGUCGUUGACCUCCACACAGUACGUGGAAAAAAUGAUAGAAUUAUACUGGCCACUUAUAGACACCUACAGAUUACAUUGUCAUUGAAGAUUGACCUAAAUAAGUUGCAGGCAGAUGACCUUUUUUAAAACUCUCAAAGGUCAAGGAUACGUGGUCCAGGUUCAGAAAUUCUAGUUCUUGUUUAUUUACUACAAAAUUUCAUACGUUCAUUUUUUCAUGGAUUUAUGUAAAUUUCCUGUCGAAAAUGUUUCUCUUUAUAAAUCAUUCAACUAAUCAUCCUCAAAGGGCAAGAGCUAAUAUCUUGAGUACAACAUUAGUUUCUUAGUUCUGACGGUUUGUAAUUAGCUGCCUUAAUUAUAAUAAUAAUGUUUCUUAUUAGCUGCCUUAAUUAUAAUAAUACUAAUAAUAAUAACAUUCAGAAUUUGUCAAGAGGAUUCUACCUUGUGGACUCAGCAAGAAUGAUUUUAUGAAUAAAAAAUAAUGGACAUUUCAAAUUUGUUUUUUGCGUUGAUU